AUGCUCCGCUCUGCCGCUGCCCGUGUUGGCCGCCAGGCUCUCCAGCCGCGCGUCCUCGCCCCGGUGCGCUUCCAGUCGACGCAGCAGCCCGCACCCGCCGCAAAGGCGUCCGCCCUCAUCGACGCCCUCCCCGGAAACUCGCUCGUCUCAAAGACCGGCAUCGUCACCCUCACCGCCGCGACCACCGCCGCCGCCAUCUCGAACGAGCUCUUUGUCCUCAACGAGGAGGUCGUCAUCCUCGGAUCCUUCGUCGUCUUCGUCGGCUACGUCUCGACCCUCGUCCGCGAGCCUUACCGCGAGUGGGCUGACGGCCAGAUCCAGAAAGUCAAGGACCUCCUCAACACCUCGCGCGCUGCCCACACCAACGCUGUCAAGGAGCGCAUCGAGUCGGUCGGCGAGCUGAAGGACGUCGAGAGCCUCACCAAGGACCUCUUUGCCCUCUCCAAGGAGACCGCCGAGCUCGAGCACGAGACUUUCCGCCUCAAGCAGCAGGCCGCCGUCGCUGCCGACAUCAAGUCGGUUCUCGACUCGUGGGUCCGCUUCGAGGCGCAGGUCCGCGAGCAGGAGCAGCGCGACCUCGUCGAGACGGUCGUCUCCAACGUCCAGAAGCAGCUCACCGACAAGAAGCUCCAGAAGGACAUCCUUGUCGCUGCUGUUGCCGAGGUCGAGCAGCUCGUCAAGAGCAAGGCUAUUUAA